GACACGAGAAUGGGACAGAAACUGGACAAGGCUGUGGAGGCCGAGCACACCGAUGGCCCCGCUGCUCCUGAGAAGCUGAAGGCGAUGGUGCUGGCGGCAGCAGUGGAUGGAGAAGACCCCCUGCAGAAGGGUGCCUACUGCACCGGGGCAGAGCCAGGGGUAGCAGAGUGCAUCUGUGUGGACCUGGAGGGCGAGAUGAACACUUGCGGAGCACAGUGUUUCCCUGCCAGAGGGGCGGUUAAGGUGGGAGGAGAUGGCGGUAGUACAAUUGCUGCUCCGCCUCCGCAGCAGCGGCCAGAGGCCAGAUGGAGCUCAGUGGGGAGGAGACGGAGUGGCGAGUCACUCGGAGCUGAGAGCCAGGAAGGAACCACUUUGGGGGAGUGCGAGAAGAGGCCAGACGGUGAGAUGGACCAGAUGAGGAUGGAUUUUGACCGGCAGUACCAUGAAGGUGGAGAUCAGCAUGCUGGAUCAGGGAGGCUUGCUGGCAGACCCACUUGUCCUUCUGUACAUGCUGGGGGAGACAGCCCUUCAGCGUGUGUGAGCGAGAGCUCCACGGCACAUGUUACCAAGGAGUUUGUGCUACUUGAGCCAUGGGGUAAAGAUGUAACAGUGUCUGACCUGGAGGGAAGUAAAAGCAAGAGACAACAAGAGGUUCCCCCUUGGGGUGGAGAAGUACUUCUGUCUCUCCCACAAGGGAUCCUGGAUGUAUCUCCUUAUGGGCCACCAUACAGCGCCAGGGACAUGUCCUCAGCCUCUGACCACAUGCCACGACCUGGUGUUGGGGUGAACCAACUGAAAGCUGAAGGGCAGGUGGAUUUCACUGAGGGAGGGAUUGAUCUCCAGUGCCAUCUGGGAGCUCGAGCUGCUGAAGAACCAAACUGUGGAGUCGUUCACAGUGUUUCCCUCCAAGAGGAGACUGCCUUUGGAGAAGUUUUCUCAGGAUGCACAGAUCCUCCCCCAGAUGUUUCUGGGGGUCACAAGCGGCAACAUGUCAGCAAUAGAGAGGGUGCAGACACUAGUGGAGGACUUGGUCCAGAGAGUGAGCUAGAGCAAACACCCAACGCACCCGAGCAGAGCGCUGCUCCUGCAGGUCCUUUCAGUAGAGAACUUGUCUAUGUCCCUGAAGGUUCAUCAAUGGACCAUGAAGCUCAAGUCACCGCUGUUCAACCGGAAACCUGUGAGGAGGUCUGCGAGACGUUAACUGUGGGCCACGAGUCUUCAGGAUAUGUGUCAGAACUUGGACCAAUGGAUGUGAUGUGUUCUGCGUCAGAGAAAACAGAAGUUCGAGCAGAACCUCUUCAACAGGGAGACGCAUCGGGGCAGGCAGCUCUGAGAGCUAUGCGAUGGGUAGAGGAGACUCCAGCCCAAAAAGCUUGCACCCACUCAGGUCCUCCAACACACCAGCAAUCUGUACCUGGAUUCUCAGAGAAGCACCAGAUUGAAGACAAAAAGAGUCGAGGACACUGGGUGUGGGACGACCUCACAGAUGAGAGACCUGCGUCCAAAGCGGUAAUAGAGACUGUGAGGGCAAAUCGGCUGGAUGGUAACUGUUCUGAAAGGGAAAGCCCUGAAGCUCAUUUCUCAGACGCUCUGAAGAUGCUCAAAGACCUUCCAGUGGAUCGCCCAGCUCCAGCUGGGAAUGACCUAACAGAGAAAAGACCUGAGUGUUCCACAGGUGCCGUGUGUCCACCUUCACACACUCAAACGCUCUCUGAGGAUAAAGCAAGGACACCACCCUCGAUGGGUUAUCCAGUUCUGGCCAGGAGUUUGGAGAUAUCUGCAGUGGCUGAUGAGAAGAGCCCUACUGAGGCCACCUCAGCCCAUCCUCCAGCUCCAUCGAGCUGUGAAAAUGACCAACAGGUGGAGUUGGCUGAAGCUACAGAUGAAAAGCUAAAGGACGUCUCUCCCAACAGCCAGCAGGAAACUGGACUUCAGUCUGAGGUGAGCUGCACACGUCUCCCAGAAACAUCACACAUGAGGCCCUUGGUCCAAGUGCCUGUAGAAGUAAAGCGUGCAAUUUUAAAAGCGCCACACACUGAAGUAAAACCAUGUAAAUCAGGGGAAGAUCUUUCAGGGGAUGAUGCACAGUCUAACAAUGAGUCGUGGGAAAGAUCAAGUGCAGGUGUGCAGGGUGCGGAGAUGAACUCGGGCUCGACGGUACAGGCAGUCCAGCUUCACCAAGCAUCCUCUUUGGAGAAGAACCAGCAGCAGAACGUGAUCAAGUCCAAGCCCGUUUGGAUGUUGAUAGAGACCAUGAGGAUGCAGGACAGAAGCAGGGAGCGGGAUCACGUGGAGCAGCCUGUGGCCGACGGCCUGGCGGAGCAGAGCCGCUCCGUGAAGGUGGCAGAGAUGCUGAAGGCCUUUGAUGCUCUGAAGAAGUCAACUGAGAAAGGGCUUGAGCGGAAACCUACUCCAAGGAGGGACAUGUUCCGGCGCGUUGUGCGACAGAGCAAGUUCCGCCAUGUUUUUGGCCAGGCGGCUAAGAACGACCAGUGCUACGAUGACAUCCGUGUGUCUCGAGUCACCUGGGACAGCUCGUUCUGUGCCGUCAACCCCAAGUUUGUGGCGAUCAUCGUAGAGGCAAGUGGAGGCGGGGCCUUCCUCGUGCUUCCUCUGCACAAGACGGGCCGCAUCGACAAGUCAUACCCCAUGGUCUCCGGUCACACGGGGCCUGUGCUGGACAUCGACUGGUGCCCACACAAUGAUCAGGUCAUCGCCAGCGGUUCAGAGGACUGCACGGUCAUGGUGUGGCAGAUUCCGGAGAAUGGUCUGACGGGUCCAAUGUCGGCGCCUGUGGUCAUUCUUGAGGGUCACUCUAAGAGAGUGGGCAUUGUGACGUGGCACCCUACAGCACGCAGCCUGCUCCUCAGUGCAGGCGGCGACAAUGUGAUCAUCAUCUGGAACGUGGGCACGGGCGAGGCGGUCAUCACUCUGGAGGACAUGCACCCUGAUGUCAUCUACAGCGUCUGCUGGAACCGCAAUGGCAGCCUCAUCUGCACAGCCUGCAAAGACAAGAAGGUCCGCGUCAUCGACCCGCGCAAAGAGGAGAUCGUUGCUGAGAAGGACAAGGCCCACGAAGGUGCGAGGCCAAUGAGGGCCAUCUUUCUGGCUGACGGCAACGUUUUCACGACGGGCUUCAGCCGUAUGAGCGAGAGGCAGCUGGCACUCUGGAAUCCGCAAAACAUGGAGGAGCCCAUCUCUGUCCAUGAGAUGGACACCAGCAACGGGGUCCUUCUCCCCUUCUAUGACCCAGACACAAAUGUAGUCUACCUGUGUGGGAAGGGUGACAGCAGCAUCCGCUAUUUCGAGAUCACAGACGAGACCCCCUUUGUCCAUUACCUGAACACAUUCUCCACCAAGGAGCCGCAGAGGGGCAUGGGCUACAUGCCAAAAAGAGGUCUGGAUGUCAACAAAUGUGAGAUUGCACGCUUUUAUAAACUACAUGAAAGAAAGUGUGAACCCAUCACCAUGACUGUGCCGAGAAAGUCGGACCUUUUCCAGGAUGACCUGUACCCAGACACGGCGGGGCCGGACUGUGCUCUUGAAGCCGAGGAGUGGUUUGAGGGCAAGAAUGGUGACCCAGUCCUCAUCUCUCUCAAGCAUGGCUAUGUGCCGGGCAAGAACCGGGACCUCAAGGUGGUUAAGAAGAACAUCCUGGAAAACAAGCUGAGCAAAAACACGGAGAACACGAGUCCUGCGCACAAGGCUGCCUCUUCUCCCACCCCAUCUUUCAAACAUGAAGCCAAGCUGGAUGAGAUUCUCAAAGAAAUUAAGUCUCUCAGGGCCCUCGUCAGCAGUCAGGAGAAGCGCAUCAGCAAACUGGAGGAGCAAAUGGCCAAGAUCGCAAAUUAAGCCCCGCCCCAGUGCUCCAUGCCAUUCUUAGACAGCUCAUUGGCUGGGAGGUGGGCAGUGCUCAGCACUGCCAAUUGCGGAAGUGUUCUGCUUGAUCCCCCCAGCAGUGAUGCCAGCAACAUUCCUUAAAGAACAUUUUAAAAUAUUAUGUACACUUUGCAUUGCCCUUGUACACAUGAGAAAGAGCAGAAGACAAGGAAAGCUCCUGUAUGGCUGCGACAUUUGUGUUAUGGAUACAUUGUAAGUCAUUGAUUUUAUUAAAAGCUGUUGGUUAUUUUGCGCACAGAUGUAUUAUAAAACCCUGACAACGUUAAAUAAUAUCUGUACAAUUUUUGUAUUACAUACUUUAUUAAAGUAUGUUUAAAGCUUUGCCUAAGAAUGACUUGUAAAGCAGCUUUUUUCUUAAAGUCCAGUUGUACUCAAAGGUGGUACAGCUGUUACACCGAGUCAAAUAUAACACUGACACUGUAGUCAAAUGAUGUAUGGAGGACUAUUGUGUUUUUCAGGGACCAAAAUAUGUAUUUUUCUCAGGACAUUCUUCCCCCGCUCUGCUCUGUACUAAGGGUUUGGAGCUUCUCUUUGAGGACAUGGCCCACACUAGAUAGCUGCAACCUUCCUGCGCCACCGAGGAGUUGCAUCGUCGAGGAAUGGUUUCAGUUUCAAUGUCCUUGUCCUUCAUGCUUCGUCCUGAUCUCAGAUUCAUCCUGUUGACUUCAGCUGCUUGGCUUUAGCAAACAGUGACUCUGGCUCCAUCAGCUGUGCUUUCCAAAGUUUGUUGAACUUUCGGUCCACUUGUAAAAGCUCAUGCUAGCUGACCAGUCUCUCCUGCAAAGGCUGCCAGCAAAAUGCCCAUGAAAUAAAAUGACAAUGGAU